AUGGCUCCCCCGAGGGGUUUCGAGGAUGAGGAGCUCACCAUUUCCCUCUCUCCAUCCCAGAUCCGACGCCGUGCGAAUGAGGGCUGGAAAGCCUCGCCCUCCGAGUCGAACCCCGCCGCCAACACAAACACCACCACCACACCUGCCAUGGCCUCCGCAGCUCGUGCAGAUCAGCAGGCCGCUGCUGCCGCCGCCGGCCGUGGUCCUAUCCCGACCGGCAUCGGCGCCGGUGUCCGUGAGAGGAUCAAGACCGAGCAGCGCAUCGGUGCCUACAAGGUCAUCAAGACCCUUGGUGAAGGCUCCUUCGGCAAGGUCAAGCUGGCCAUACACAAUGGCACCGGCCAGCACGUCGCUCUGAAGAUCAUUGCGCGCAAGAAGCUCAUCAGCAGGGACAUGGCUGGCCGCGUCGAACGCGAGAUUGAAUAUCUUCAGCUGCUGCGACAUCCCCAUAUCAUCAAGCUUUAUACUGUCAUCAAGACGCAAAACGAGAUUAUCAUGGUCCUAGAGUACGCCGGCGGCGAGCUUUUCGAUUACAUUAUCGUCCAUCGCGAUCUCAAGCCCGAGAACCUUCUCCUCGAUGACCAGCUGAAUGUGAAGAUUGCCGACUUCGGUCUCAGCAACAUCAUGACGGACGGCAACUUCCUCAAGACGUCCUGCGGUAGCCCCAACUAUGCGGCCCCCGAGGUCAUCGGAGGCAAGCUCUAUGCAGGCCCCGAAGUCGACGUGUGGAGUUGCGGCGUCAUCCUCUAUGUUUUGCUCGUCGGAAGGCUACCUUUUGACGAUGAGCAUAUUCCCAGCCUGUUCGCCAAGAUUGCGAGGGGCACGUACAGCAUCCCACAAUGGAUCAACACUGGUGCUGCCAACCUCAUCAAGAAACUGCUUGUGGUUAAUCCCGUCCAGCGCGCCUCUAUCGACGACAUAAGGGCAGACCCGUGGUUCCAGAUCGAUCUGCCGCCCUAUCUUCAGCCAGCCGUGGAGGAGUUUUACAACACAGGGGUGGACCCCAACCAGGCCAUCAAGAAGAGCGACAUUGCGCCCAAUGCGCCGACGAAGGUGCAAGAAAAGCUGCACGACGAGGUUACGGAGAAGAUCAGUAAGACCAUGGGAUACGGCAAGAAGGACGUGCAGGAGGCUCUAGAGGCCGAAGAGCCGUCAGCCAUCAAGGACGCCUACAUGAUUGUUCGUGAGAAUAAGCUCAUGCAGGUCAACGAUGGCUUGGCUUCACUGACUGUCGACCCGGAAACCUCCAACAGCCCCAUGAUCAGUGCCUCGUCUGCUCGAUCUGGGACUUCUGGAGUCGGUGCCGUGCCGAGGCCCUACAUCAGCAAGAUUGGCAUCCUACCAAGCAGUCUGCCAGACUACCACAAAGAAUACGUGGAACGGGAGAAGGCGGGCAUAGAAGACACGCCCACGCCUAGCAUCGUCGUCGACGAGCACGGCUCAAGCUCUCGCACCGAUGCCGAGCGUGAGGAGCUGGCACGGCAUCUCAAGCCGCACAACAAGACGCAGCAGCGCUACGCCGACGAAUCUGGCCAGCGACCGCAGGGCAUGACGCCUGUGACGGUGCCUGCCAAGAAGGUCAAGCCAGUUCGCUGGCAGUUCGGUAUCCGCUCGCGUAACGCGCCGUGGGAGGCUCUUCUGUGCAUUCACAAGGCACUCAACAAGCUCGGCGCGACAUAUGUGCCUGACGAGGACUAUGAGAAGCUCCACGCUCAAGACGAGAGCGAGCAUGGAGGCAGCGGGGACGGCAGCUUCGUCGAUGAGUACGGCAGCGGCACGCAGCAGUCUGAGGGCGCCAACACGUCAACGAGCAGCAUCGAUCCGCUGAAGAAGUACAAGCUGCCGGCUGAUCCCUGGCACAUCAAGGUGCGAUGGGAGACAAAGACCAUGAGUAGAAGGGCGUAUGAUCACCCAGACAGCUACCACGUGCAUGAAGAAAACAUGAAGAGGGACUUUGUGGCUCUCCAUGUCGACAUACAGAUCUACGAGAUGGAGCACGGCGUCUACCUCGUCGACUUCAAGUGCUCGGGCUACGAGACGGCAGAUCGCAGGCUGCUCGAAGAAAAGGAUGUCACCAGCCCGUUCCCGUUCCUUGACAUGGCUGCCAAGCUCAUCAUGCAGCUGGCUGAGGCUGACUAG